AUGCUAUUACGCAUGACCUUCCCGGGGGACGGGAGAGGGAUAGUCUGUAUAUGUUUUCACGGCGGUGAUGGGUACAACUGUCCCUACGGACAUAACUGCGUGCUGGAGCCAGCGCCCCCGGGCCGCACGCCGCCGUGCGCGCAGCCCGGCCUCACGUACUGCGUGCAUCCCGACCCUUAUCCUGAAAAGAUAAUCCGCCAACUGAUCCAAGCAGAGCAGUAUGACUUCACGACCCUCCUCUCAGACGAGACGCGAGACGAGUUCUCUCUGAAGAAGAAUGACUACCCAUAUGACUACGGACCCAACUCCCUGCCGCACGUCGACCAGAUAUCAUUGGUCAAUGACCCCCAUUACCACAAGAAUAAUCCUAAGUAUCCUACUAGGUAUAAUCAUGACAUAUUCGCCCAAAAGACACCUUUGCAACCACCGACAGCGAGCGACCCGUCUCCCUACAACAACGUAUAUUCCAAUUUCUCCAAUUUCGGUCUCCGUGGUUACUCCCCAAACGGCUACUGGAAUCCCAUCAGAAACUUCGGGGACUAUAACAAAGGUCUAAGACCAAGCCCUUUUGAUCACAAGUUUUUUGACGGUACGAAUUUCUACCCGAAUGGUGAAAACAACGACUGGUUUCGACCGUCUUCUGGUGUGUCGCAGUAUAACCCUAAUGAGUGGUGGAAAUACGUAUCACCAUCUCGUUCCGACGGCGAUGUGACGGUGCAGCGCUCCGUCACGUUCCCGACGCUCACCGUUGGCGCAAAGCGACGCAAGCGAAACGCUGAGCUCGUGAAGGCUUCUGAGAAACGCAAACUGACAGGAGCUGAGGCUCUGAGAAUUGCGCUAGGACUUGCCAACGAAGAUACUUCAGCGGAACGCCAUCGUCGACAGGCUCCGAACCAACAAACUCUGUGUUCCGUGCGAACAGAGUUCAUCACUCCAAGAGCGGCUUUGAACAACAAGGGCAACUGGAAAUACGUGGUCAACAUGCCUGAUAUGAUGUCUCAAUUAGUCCGAGCUGAGAUUUGCACGUCAACACAAUGCAGUGGAUUAUGCUCGGUACCACCUGGAUACACUUCAAAAUGUGAACAAAAAUACAUUCAAAAACGUUUGGUGGCUCUCCAAUCUAACGGUCAAAAUCUAUACACCGAUGUUUUCUGGAUACCUAGCUGUUGCCAAUGCACAUUUACAGCCAAUGCCAAUUGAAUUUAUUUAAAAUUCAUCACUUGUGAUCUUAUAACUAGAACUUUCACACUUCGUUGAAAGUUUGACUAUCUGAUACUAGAUGGCACUACUAUCGUUAAUGUAUUAUUUUGCGAAUGUGUAAGAUAAUUUCACUGCCCUAUUAUGUUUAAUCAUGACAUAGAUAUAAUAUUAAUAAAUAUUAUUAUGAAUGAAGCAUUUUAUAAUCGCUUAUAUCCUAAAGGCAGAGUAUUAUAAUUAAUUAUGUGUAACAAAGUAUUAAUUAAAGUUAAUAGUGGAUGGUUUGUAAAUAGUAGAUAUUCCAAUAUGAAAUCUUGUUAGAUAUUUAACUUAAAUAAUUCAUAUUGUCACCAAUUUUGCCCAUAUUAUUGUGUAAGCUACAGACUAGAUAUUAAAUAAUAUCGUUGUAAUGAAUGAAUUAGUUUUGUAAAUGCAUAUUUUCAAUAUCUUAAACAGUCUUAGACAUGGUAACAAUAUUAGUAUUAGGAUUAUGAUCUCUCAGAUACCAUCUGAGCAAUUAUUCUUAAGGGUAAAACUAAACUACAUUGAAAAAAAAUUGAACUAAAUAAAUAUGUAAUGAAA